ACAAUGUAUCCCUAAUACUCUGCAUUCUCUACAUUACUCUGCAUUACUCUACAUUACUCUACAACACUCUAUAAUACCAGACGAUACGGAGGAGACAGGGAGACCUGAUUGGUUGAUUGACCGUUAAAGCGCGCGCCAAUCGACCAAUUGCUGGCCCAUCGACCGAGUCAAUUUUCCCUUUGAAAUUUCCACUUCUUCUCAUUGUCAGUCUACGUUGUGCCAUGACGCGAUUCUCAUCCAUUUCCCAUGGUGUGGUGCAAUCACCGAAAUGUUGUGUGUGUGAGUUUUUUCCUUCGUAAACACGUCAUCACGAAUGCAAAGAGCACAUCAAGAGGCGUUCGAAAGAUACAUUUGUCUUUUCGAAACGAGACGUCUCGGUGAGAAAAAUAGCGCUGUACGAAGGGUCGACGUUAACGGCAUGGCCUCGUCCCUUACGAACGGCACAAAGCCGCUAGUCGGUGGCAAUUAUGUGCUCAACGUUUUGAACUACAUUAACGAACUAAACGAGUCGUUUAGCGUCGAGCAGCUCCAAUGUUUCGAACGCGAACAUCAGGAACGCGAAAACCAGAAGCAGGAACAGCUAGAAUGCCAAGUGAGCUGGGACGCCAUACUGUGCUGGCCCCGGACGCUUCCCGGCACCUUGGCUACUAUCCCUUGCUUCGACGAGCUCAACGGAAUACCUUACGAUAACACUCAAAACGCCAGUCGCUGGUGCUGGCCGAAUGGGACCUGGGACAAUUACUCCAAUUAUUCCAUGUGCCGCGACGUGCGGUUGUCGACCAUCGAGCCCGGUGUAGAAAUCACGACUACGCUAUAUUUCAUCGGCUACAGCCUUUCCUUGUUCACUCUGAUAAUGGCAGUCUGUAUAUUCAUCUAUUACAAAGAGUUACGGUGCCUCAGAAACAACAUACAUACGAAUCUAAUGUUCACUUAUAUCCUGGCUGAUUUGACGUGGAUCUUAACUACUGUGAUGCAGGUGUCGAUGCAAACGGAUAUACCAACUUGCGUCACGUUCUUCUCGCUUCUUCACUACUUUCACUUGACAAACUUUUUCUGGAUGUUUGUCGAAGGUCUGUACUUGUAUUUGUUGGUCGUGAAAACCUUCACUGGCGAUAAUAUCAAGCUGAGACUCUGCCUGGUAAUUGGCUGGGGUGUGCCGGUGCUAGUGAUAGCCAUGUGGGGAAUCGCCAAGUUGUUGGAUCAGAAAGUCAUGAGCCACAUCAUGAAUCAAGCUAACCAGGAAAUGGCGCUCUGGAAACACUGCCCCUGGAUGAUACCGCAUCCGUACGACUGGUUCUAUCAAGCGUCCGCUAUAACAGUCCUAGCGGUCAACAUGGUGUUCCUUUUCAUGAUUAUGCGGGUGCUGAUAACGAAGCUCUGGUCGUCCAACAACGUCGAGACGCAGCAAUACCGGAAAGCCAGUAAAGCUCUCCUGGUGCUGAUACCACUUCUAGGAGUGACGUACGUCCUGGUCAUAGCUGGGCCCACCGAAGGUCAAGUUGCGAAUGCAUUCUCCUAUGCGCGCGCAAUUUUGCUCUCUUCACAGGGAUUCUUCGUGGCGUUAUUUUACUGCUUCCUCAAUACCGAAGUGCAGAAUACGGUUAGGCAUCAUUUUGCACGCUGGAGCACCUCGCGAAAUCUCGGCAACCGCCGGAGGUAUUAUAACAAUUGGUCCCCUCGUUCAAGAACGGAGAGCAUAAGAUUGUGCCAGCCGUCGAAUCCCUAUCGAAAGCGGGAGUCUACGGUAAGUGAGACUACCACUACGACAGUGAUAGGCCUCAAUUCCACCACCAUGUUCCUCGAUAAAUCCAAAGGGGUUAUUUCGGAGGAUCUCAACGAGUGAGACAAGAUUCAUGAGAGAGAUUUCAGUAUGGAACAAGACCCGUCGCGUUGUCGCAAUAUUGCAGAUUACGUCGUCGCGUCGGUAGGCUGUGGGUGUGUGUGUUGAUUACAAGUGGGCAUGCAGCUAUAUAUGUAGCGCUGCGUUUCCCACGAAAAUUCUCAAUGCGAAUAAUUAACUAAUAUAUGUCAAAACAAAUAUCCCCCUCCUAUCUUUCUCCAUAUUUUUUCAUAUCUUGCCAAAAUCCUCACAUAUCAUUAAUUCCACUCCCUUGCCGCGGGAUUUUAUUAUUCGAUUACGAAAUUACGAUGGCACGAGUGAGAGACUGGAUAUGGAUUUUAUCUUUGGCGUUCGUAUGUCAAUGUCGUGUAUAUAUCCUCAUUGCGACAAUAUCGACUCGCAAAAUAUGCCAAAGAGAAUUCACCCAUAUAUUAUCUCUCUCUCUCUCUCUCUUGAAAAUAUCAAACAUAUGUGGAUUGCACAUUUAUUCAAAGAGAACAGUUUUUCCAACAUAUUUUUUAUUCGCAUAUAGUGCGAGAAAAACUGGUUUCCUCUUUGACUUGAUAAUUAAAUAUAGAUAGCCGUAAAAAAGAAUAUUUUAUGUAACGUGCGUGCGUGUAUGUAACAUCAGAAUCUCAAUUAUACGAUUAUACGAUUAUACGAUUAUACGAUUAUACGAUUAUACGAUACAAUUUCGCAAAACUAGAUGAAUUAAGAGAAAUGGUGAAUGAGUUUCUUCUGUAAAACUGAAUAACUUGUUGCAAGUACAAGACGAGUGCCGUCUUCACUCAUUGUCAACGUUGACUAGUGCAUGCAACCAUUUCAGCUUUAAAAGAUUUUUCUGCAUCAUGCUGAGGAAUCGUGCACUUGUGUCGAUAGAAAUUUUAACUCUCCUCGGUCUCUCUUUCGUAUUCUCUUUAAUCAAACGUUAAAAUCAUUUUAAACAAGGGAACACCUAUUACAGCAAACGAUCCUAAAGAUGAUAUAUGUUUCUGUCAAAUUAUUCCAACGAGACAUUGAUUAAUCCAAUCAACUGGAAUAUUAACUUAAUAAAUCGGUCAUGAUACAUCGAUAAUAUUGUUGAUAUAAUAAUAGGUAUAAGUUAGGUGUAAAAAUAUACAGAUUAUAACGAAAACAAAAAUGUAUAUUUAUUAAACAAAUUUGUAACAAUUGUAACAAAAUAUACUUACCUGUGUUGAAAUACAGCAUGUAUUAUUCGCAGAUGUGACCUGAUACCGAGUUGCACUCAUCAUAAUUUAUUAGAAAUCAGGAAAUAAUCCCUUCUCUUCUUUUUCGCUUGAGAAUUUUGACGAUUCUAGACCAUUACUUCAUCAACUAUUGCAAUUAUAAGAUUAAUAUCAAAUGAAGAAAGAUUAUUGUACAGUCACAUUAUGGAGUUACAAAAUGUAACAAAUCUGAUCGUUAGGAAUUUUAUUUUCUCUUUGCACACAUUUGAAAUACGGUAUAACAGUGAUUAAAGCGAUAUACAAAUUUUCAGCUCAAGCUCCGCAGACAUUUACAGUUAAAAAUGUACGUACGUGUUUGUGUGCGUCGAGUUACAUAUAUGUAUGUACAGAGUGUCUAAUAGGUGUAACACCCGCCGUGGGUGCAUGAAAUGAGUCCUGAACCAUUUUGUGACUAUGCUAAUAAAUUUAUCAAUUAAUAAAGAUCCGCGAAUCAGCAUGCGUCUAUAAUAACCUAUUUAUGUUUGGCCGUAAUUGCUAAACGGUAGAGAACUUUUCUCUAUUUAACUCUAUCGGCGAGUGUAUGUUCUGUAUAUAUGUAUACAUGCGCGCACACGCAUAUAUUUAUUUUUAUUUAUAUACAUAAACAAACCCGUAAAAAUGAAAAGCUUAUCCUUCGUAUAAUAAUGACUAUAUGUCUUACUACAUAUCUUUGGACAGUGUAAAAUAUUUCAUGUUUAUAUAUAAAAUUCAAUCUUUGAGAAUGUGCUGAUUCUGACUUUUACAUUUUACACAUACUCAUACAUAAGCAGUUGUAAUGUGUGUAAUUGUUGUUAAAAAAUAAGAAUUGCACGGAGAAAUAUUCCAUUAUGUACAAUGAAAUAAAUCCAACCACUUUGUGUUGGUUUACAAAAAUUUUUCCAUCAAAUUUCUUCUCGUAUAAAUUUCACUUUAUCACUUUACUGAUUGUGAGCAUCGUUUCUCUCACAGAGUACGAAAUACAUGGAUAUUAUUGUAGUAAUCUAUUACAAAAUACAGUCGUUUAAUCAUCUAUUUAAUCUUAGAAUACCAUACUAGUAAAAAAUGUACAUAUCUUGUAUGUGCAUUUAUAUCCUAUUUUUGUCAAGUAGAUAUAUAUGUUUUUAAAAUUUCUGCACAUAAUGUUGCGAAAUUAAAAUAAUCAUUUUUUUAAAGAUAGCGCAAAAAAUUUAUUCAAAAAUACUUUCCGGUUAAAUACUAAUCAUCAAAAUUCGAUAAAAUUGAUUAGAAAAGUAUCGAUAAAAUUUCGUAUUCUACGAUUAAAUAGAUGUGUAUCUUUAAUAAGCAGGACUACUCGUGCAAUAUAUUUUUAUUCUUUGUAGUAAUGAAUUUCUCUCUCUCUCUCUUUCUCUCGAAUUAAAUAUAUCCAUAUGCUAUUGCGGGACAUAAAUGUCAAAGAGAAAAUUUCCAAAAGAUAGAUUGUGAGGUCGUAAAAUGCAAAAUAAUACUAGUCUAAUAAGUAAAAUAUUACAAUAAUAAAAUGCAAUAAUUCCUUUUAUAUUAAUAGAUAUUACAAUUUUUGUACAAUAAAAAUAAAGUAACAUUUUUCCAUAAUAGAUGAAUAGCUGAUUUUGUGUAUACAUAUCUUGCUUUCUGCAUUUCACGAUUUUGAAUUCUCCUUAUAAUGGAAUAUUAGAAAGAUUUGAAGAGAUGUCAAUAGAUUCGGACUAAAGAGAAAAGUGAUAUUCAAGUAAAACUUGAAAUAGCUGCUCACCUAAAAGAUACAAAUAAAUCACAUGGAAUGUAUGUAUUGGAGGAAACGAUACCCCUUAGAAUUUCUAAAACCAAAUUUGAUUGGGUACUUUCCAUUUAUAUGACUGUAGCGAUGCUUGUAUGUUGUGCGACAGUUCUGGAUAGUAAAAAAAAUACGUAAAACCAAUUUCAAUUUAUAACAAGAGUUUUGUACACAACAAUUUCACAAUAUAGUAAUAAUUAAGUAUAAAUCGAGAGAUGAAUUGAUUUUAUUAUACGUAUAUUCCCAGAUAUAUUCGCGUACAUAUAAGUACAUUCUAGAGAUACAUUUCCAUGUAAUUUAACGAGUAAAAUUAACUUUUUUUUCGAUAUUUUGGUAGAUUCCCUAAGUAAAAUUAAGUGAUUUGAGAUAUCGAGAGAGAUGGAGACGGCAAAUUAAAUGGAAAGCACCCGUCAAGUAAAGAAAUCGUUUAUGUGUAUAUGAACUUGUUACACUCGUCUACGUUGACAACUGCAUUCGAUAUCGGAUGUGACCAUAUUAUUUCUUUUCCUCACUUUUUUUUUUUUAAUGAG